AUGAAGUUCUGGGACCAUGUGGGCAUGGAGAUCCUGUCCACCCUCUUUGGCACCCCACGCCCCGGUUUCUACUGGGCAGCCCACGAGGACUUUAGCUACGCGUGCUGGCCACAGUCCCAGACCCACAUCCCCAGCGACCAGGGCAACUUUUACUACAUGGGGGCCUUUUUUGGGGGAUUGGUGGUGGAGGUUCCCCGACUGACCUCGGCCUGUCACCAGGCGAUGGUGGUCAACUGGGCCAAUGGGAUUGAGGCCAUGUGGCCCGUUAAGAGCCACCUAAACAGGUACCUGCUGGACCACAGGCCCACCAAGGUGCUGUCCCCAGAGGACCUGUGGGACCCCCGGCUG